UGUUGUCCUGUUUUGCAAAUAAUUUACCAAUCAAACAAUUGAAUACGAGAGCCGAAAAAGUGCACCAAAUAAUUGGUUUCAAUUGCAGAGAAAUGAUGAAAGUGCUCGCUGUGUUCGCACUGAUUCUCUGCGCAGUGCAGUCCGUGCCCACGAAAAGGGCAGCCCAGGAAUUGUGUCCAGCCCCAUGUGUUUGUACCGAAAAUGACGAAGCUACCUGCAACACAUUGGACCUGAGCCCUUUCGGUAAACAUAUUGACAAACUCAAAAUCGUUUCUCCGAAAAAACCACUAAAACUGACCGCCGAGAUCUUCAAACGCAUCGGCUUAGAGUCCCUCAAGCAACUGUUCAUCGAAGAUGCGACCAUCGAGAAGAUCGAUCCAAAUGCGUUUGCCGGCAUCGCCGUCAGCAACUUGUUCAUCAAGAACUCAAAGAUCCCAGAGUUGCCGAUUAACGUGUUUAUACCAAUGACCGACCUGACGGUCAUAGAUUUCACCAACAGUACAUUUACGAACUUCGAAGACAUUCAGUCGGCGACGGUCAAAGAGAUCAAACUGUCCGGUUGCAAUUUGCGCGAGAUUAAGUCGAUGAUGUUCUCGAAAUGUCCACAGUUGAAUUAUUUGAAUCUGGAGAACAACAACAUAGAGCAUUUCAACCAUCCGUACAUCUUCCCGAUUGAAGAACUCAACUUGGCUGGUAACAAAAUAUCGCAUUUCAACUUCAAGUCUUUGGUAAAUAUGAAUGAAAGCUUGGCCACGUUGGUAUUGAGUGGUAAUCCGAUCGUGAAAUUCGAGAACGCUGCGCAAUUCGAGAACGACAUCGAAAAGAUCGAAUUGAAAUCGUGCGGUUUGAAGAACAUCGACUUUGUUAAACAUUUCUCAGCGCUGACCGAACUUGACCUUAGCGAUAACAAAAUUUCGGUAUUAGACGAGAACAUCUUCAGCGCACUUUCCGAAUUUGAGAUCUUAGACUUGAGUGGUAAUUUGCUGCAAUCUCUUCCCGAUACCAUCUUCAAAGAUAAUAUUAGGCUGCGUAAACUAACUCUGGAUAGGAACAAUCUUAAAACUUUGCCGAAAUUCAAGACCAACGACGUUGUCAUGAAGCUAGAGCACUUUUCAUGCGACGGAUGCGGUCUGACAAAGCUGGAUAAGCAAACGUUUGAGUAUUUGCCGUCUCUUCAAACGAUCAACUUGCAAAAUAAUAAAUUGACCGAUUUGCCGGAAACUAUCUUCCAGUACGUCCCUAGUCUUGUUAAAAUUUACCUGAGCAACAACGACUUGACCACUUUGAACGAAUCCCUAUUUCUGGGAAAUUCGCGUUUGACAACCGUCGUUCUUUCGGGAAAUCCAUUGAAAGUUUUGAACAUCAGAAUGUUUAAGAAUAACAAGUUCCUUCAACAUUUGGACGUUAGCUCUUGCGAUUUGUUUGAUCUCUGGGAAGGCGAAGGUAACAAAAUUUCUCUGCCCCACCUCACCGUAGUAAACGCGAAAAAUAAUCGAAUCAACACAAUUACGAUCGACCAGAUUAGCCAUAUGGAAAAUUUGGCGAGUCUGGAAUUAGCUGGGAAUCCCAUUUACUGCAAUGGCGUCACUCUCGAUACGAUACGCUAUUUGAAAACUAAAUUGUCCUACGAAAGCGAAAACUUGGAGUCCUGGGUGAAUAAAUGCUCAGAUGAGGACGACGAUGACGACUCAAUCCAAGAGGAUGAUUACUCAUACGAUGAAAAGUCUAUGCUGUACGUGCCAGAACUUUCGAAGACAGAUCAACAGAAGCUGGUGCUCGAUGAUGACAUUGAACUGGAUAGUGACCGUUUGCCUUUCAGAGAAAUCUUCAACGAGGAUGAAGGUGAUGAUGACGACGACGAGAAUGAAGAUGAAGACGACGACGAAGAGCAGCAGUUCUUAGACGAUGUGGAGAGUGUCAUGAGCGUCGACGUGACACAUUUCACCAAACAACGCAAUCGCAUUGAUAUCUUCAUGUACUUGAAACCGACCAUCGUCUUCGUCUUGACCACUCUGUUCGUCCUCCUUAUAACAGUAUCGGUGAUUUUGCUGCUGCUCCAAGGAAGGAACAACAGGAACGCCAACGUUCCUAAGAUUAACAUAAUCCCGUGGAGCAACCAAAAGGUCAAGAAACAUAGCGGCUCCGUAUACAGGCCCCUAUCGGAGGAGAAACUUCCAGAAAUAAAUUAAUUCCAAAUGCCAUGUUUAAUAUAAUUAAUCCCUACGUUUUAAAACAAUAUCUUAAGUCUGUCUAAUUUCUUUCAUUUUUACCUGUGGUAUUAAUUAUUCAAAUGUUUAUAGUUCUUAGUACAUAAAAUUUAGCUUCUAGUAAUAUUUUC